CAUUAUGUCAUAAAGAAACGAAAUUGGAUGACGAACUUGUAAGAUCAUUCUAAACCUUUUAUGCAACAGCCCCUGCUCUUGGUUGUUGUGUAAUUACAGCGCUCUAGCGUCAGUGUCCAUAACUGCGUUUAUGGAGUCUGUUACCAGGAGCUUUAAUAUCAACAAAGUCACUGACAGACCGUACGAGUAGCUCAAGUGACCGUGCUCUUGCAAAUUUAAGGAAACACAGCAUGCAAGACACUGCAUCAAAGCGUCUUGGGGCAAACAUGGAUGCAUCAUCAAGUUAUUUAGAUAGAUUCCGUUACAGUCCACUUAGGAUCACGUCAGAGUGUGACUCAUCCGCUGUGCCACAUUCAGGAUGUACUUUCCUCCUGGGCUCUUUAAAUAUAGUUGAUCCAUAUAAAUCUGUGCAAAAAGGAUUUUGCAAAGAGCAUUUAUCAAACAAACCUAAAACGAACGCGUCAAAGACACCUCAAGUUCUGCUGACUAUGAGUCAUUCCCAAAAGUUUCCACAAGAUGACACUCUUUCGCCAAAAUUAGACUCACUAUCUAGCGCAGAGCUUUUGAAGAAAAAUUUACCUACAUCCAAAGCCUUACACAGUCUACGAAUGAAGAUCCAGGAACAGAAGCUGAGGAGAGAGAUUCAAACACCAGCACCUGGGGAGAAAGAUCAGCAACAUCUUACUAGAAAAAUUUGCAGGGUGACAAACAAAGAAGCAAAAGCAUCAUCAGGUACACGUGGAGUAAUCAGAUUGCCUGUAAGGAAAAACGCUGUAAGCUGUUCUUCACCUAAUGCAGACUACCAAAGAUCUGAUCUCCGAGCAGAGCACUCUACGUACAUAUCCGCCUGGAGGAAAGCCCAAGGGCUUGUGAAACUAAUUUUGAACUCACCUUGCAGUGCUGUUUCACAGGCUGAAAGAGUCAGCAUUAAGGAUCAGAACAAGAAGGCUCCUGUUUUGAAUGCUCAAACAAAUGGAGACAUAAGUUCAAACCAAAAGGAUGAGAAUUCAUCUAAGAAGCAUCCCAGCUCAUUGAGGUCUCAAGCUCAAGUCUUGUAUUCGCCAGCACCUGGAAAGACAUUCAUAAGCCGUGCAGUUUCCUCAUACCCAGUCAAAGCAGUUCUGUUGGCACACAGAAAUCUUCACCCACAAAAUUCCACCUCAGAAGUGUUUGCUAAAAACUACGACAUUACAAAGACAACAAAAGUUGCAGGUAAAGAAAAUGAAAGCCAGACGAAAUCAAACAGCAAGCCUAGACAUAACAUCCAAGAGGUGUGUGAAUAUAUGCAUCACCAGGCCAUCGAGAGAAGGAGAAAGGUGCUGCAAAUGAGAAAAGAAGCACAGCGAGAGGACAAGAGGAAGCAAAGGAAUAUGCAUGAAGUAGUUAAGCAACAAAGGCAAGCGCUCCACAGGGCCAAGAGAGAACAGCAACAGGGGUACAAGAACGGAAGCAGUUCCGAGGAGAAGAGGAGAUGUGCUCAUGUACCUGACUCAACUGAAGAACAACUGUCUGUCUUUCCUAGACAGAACCAAAGUGUGACAGUAGCUGAGCAGGUGGAUCAGGGCUCAGGCACACUGGGUGAAGCUGGCAGUCCUGUGAGUGCAGCUGAUGUGAGCUGGGCUCAAAACGCUCUGGCAACUCACACACACAGAGAGGAGGCUCUCAGGAAGACAAUCAGUGCUCUAGAUACACACAUGGACGAUGAGGCAGCCUGGCUGCGAAUCACAAACCACAAAGGGGCUCUGAGACAGUCACAGCCCGCUGGACAGGGCAUCUGUGGAGCCAAAUCAAGAGAAACUCUGUCUGAUACUGCAUCUCUGGAUACAGACACAGAGACAGACCACAGACAAAAAAGAGUGAGCAUUAAAAAAGAGAUUAAAGAUGAAAAAGAUGAAGUAGAUUUUGGACCACAAAAUGACCAGACAGAAAAAGGACAAGAGGAGCAAAGUGACAGCAGUGAGAGCACUGACUCCACAAGCAAGUGGAGUGAGCUGAGUGAGUUGUACAGCCAGCAGCUCCACAGCCACCUUUCUCUGGCCCAGAGCCAGCAGUUCCUGAGGGAAGAGGAGCUGAGGGCACGGCAGUACAGCGCCCUCUUCAGGCUCAGAGAGAAAGCGCUCUGGGAGAAGACCCAAGCUGAGCUUGACUGGUUGGAGCACUGCAAAAAUUGUGGAACAGCAGAAGAUGAUAUACUUGCUUUGACUAAACUCAAGCAAAAGCAGAAGAAAGUCAUUCACAAGUUCCAACAAGAGCAGGCAGAGAUCCACCACUGGCAAAACCUGUACAGAUCAGGCCGGCAGCAAAGACGGUUGCUUCUCCACCAUCAAAGAGACAUUCUUGAUAUCAAACAGUCAGCUGUUCACUUCAGACAAGCACUGCAAAUGCAGACUCUGCCAAAGAAAAAUGGAAUCACCAAGUCGGAGAACACUGCCAGCACUAUGGAGGAAGAGGGUGCUAUGCAGCCUGGGAUUAAGCCAGAUGCUAGAACCUCAGAUGAAGCACCAAGAGAGGAAGGGAGCUUGUUGAGUAAGGCAGGUUUGAGGAGGCUGUUGUCAUCAGAUGAAGUGUGGACGUUAGGAAGGAAGAGGAACCAAGUGGAAUUCGUCCCGGCCGAGCAGGAUAUUCUGCAAGUCACAGAAUCAAAUAAUCCUUCAGCCAUUCCCUCUCACAGAUACAGCCGACAGAACCAAGCUUCUCUUCAUCUUAUCAGUCCAGAAAGAAUCAGCAAGACCGAAGGUGGAAGCACUUCAUGUCAGCGUGACUCUGUGAAGGCUCUGAAAUCAGGAGCUGAAGUUAAUGAACAAGACACUCAGAAGAAGGUGCAAGGGCUUUACGAAGACACCUGCACACUCAAGAGAGAAAGACCACAACAUCCAGUCGAAGUGCCAAUGAAGCCGGUAUUAAAUAUCCCGCAUUUCACACUCAACCAUGAGCCUCAUUCAGAUUCACUCAGAGCCCCAAUAGUGUCCAGUUUGUCAUCUGACAAAAAAGAUGAUCUCCGACUGGACUCUAAGAAACCCAAGGAGCAUGAGGACAUAAAGACAACAAACUUGGUCAAUGGCGGCGCAACACCAGACACCACAGCUCUAAAUGUACAGAACAAUCAAAGACUGCACAGUGUGCUUACGCUGAACAACAACCACAAUAUCUGUGACCAGAACGCCGGAGGGCAAUGGAAGUCAUCUCUUUCAUACUCCAAAACCAACGAGUUUCCUGAACAAAAAACUCAGGCGUGUACAAAUGAGACCGUCACAGACAAUUCACUUAUUGAAAACUUAAUACUGGAAGCAGUAAGUGUGGAAAUAAGAAAGACUGAGGAUAGUCCAUCUUGUGACGUCAGUCUGUCUGAGAUAGAUGAGAAGUCAGAGGCAAUUUCGUUUCAUAGUGAAGCACUUGCUUGGUCUGAGGAAGAAAGGGACUGUCUCGAUGAGGGGAAGACUGAAGCAACUCAAGCAAGUAGUUGUUCUUUAGUUUUUGCAGAAAAGUACACUGUGGUAGCAGACGAUUCUCAGCCUUAUUUGAACAAUAAACAGGAAGGACGCUGUUCACCACCAUGUUACGAAAGACAACCGACUGUAGAGUCGACCCUGUCAGAAAUUCUCUCUCCUGUAGAUGAAGUUUUGUCUUACGGAAGUGCAGAACUCCCUCCUUCCGUUAAAGGAGGAGCCGCGUCAGGUUUUGACAGCUACGGUUGUCCUCCUCCUCCUCCUGCCUUUGAGAUUAUUACAUGGACCAGUGAGGAUGAACUUCCAGCUCCACCUGAUUCUGUAGAAGAUCUCUCAAUUAACAGUGAGAACCUCCCUCCUCUCCCUGUGGACUUCUCUCUGAAAAGAAAAGAGUCUCAAAGUCUAGACUCGAACAGUCUGAGGGAAAAGGAGGUAAACAAUGAUACUAAUGGAGCUCUCUGUGAGGACAACGACUGUUCGGAGUACACCAGCUCACUUCCUGAAGAUGUGAAAAAUGAAAUCUCGGAUCCAUUGUCAACCUUUCAAAUUGGAGACAGAGUUCUUGUGUGUAACUCCAGACCGGGUGUGCUGAAAUAUAAAGGUUUUACGGCAUUUGCCAAUGGGUUUUGGGCUGGUGUUGCAUUGGACGCCCCUAAUGGAAACCACAAUGGAACUUUCAGAGGUGUGAAGUACUUCAGCUGCAAAAAAAGCCACGGUGUCCUGGUCAGAGCUGAGGACGUUGCUCCUAUACACAGAGAACAUGGUAGUGAUGUAGAGACUGGGGUGGAUGAGGAUCCGUUCUCGGAUGAGGAGCCGCCUAGGGCAAAGAGAGAUAAACAGCAGAAGGACACAUCGUCGGCAGAUGGACAAAGAGGACGUACACGUAGUCAGUGUCCUCCUAGAGAUGAGACCACAUGCAUACAACAAAAAGAACCUCAGGAAGACACGUCAGAUGAAGCAGGAAACCUUUCACAUGUCUCUAAAAUGCCCACGCCAAGUACCGGCGUUGAGCUCCAUCAUAAUGGACAAAACAGGAAUCAUGCAGAUGCUAAACUAACAGAAGAGCUGGAUAAAGAUGGAGUUCACUGUGCUCAGGAUAACAGAAAGAGACAAAGGAUUAAAUCAGUGCACGACAAGCAAUCUACAGAUACUGAUAUCAGAAAAAGUGAGGAUGGUCAUUUUAUGCCAUGUGUGUUGGAGCAGUGGCAUCAGGCCCAACCCGACACUCCACCAAAGAUAAAGGUGCCGCCCCAUGAAGACGCCAUCGUCUACAGAUUAGUGGAUUCUGCAGUGGAGAUUCUGUGUGGCCAAGCGAAUGAAGACACACUUGACCUUUACGAAACACCAAGCUAUUUAUUAGAUGAUGAUAGUCGCAAACGUUAUCGGCAGGUGAUCUUUCAGUUAACAUCUGAUGUACUUCAUGAGAUUUGGAGUGACCUGUUAAGGACAAAACAAUCUGCCCAGAAUGUAGAUGAUCAAUCCCUGAUGUCAGCUUUGCAAUCCAGUCAAAUUUCAGUCACAUUUUUAAAGGCUGCUGUGAGAAAAGAAACACAGAAAAUUCUGAAUUUAGAGCGAAGCGAGCAACAGAUGACAGAGAUGCUCCAAAAACUGUGCAAAUACUGGUACGCCAAGAGAGACAGAGUGGACUUUAUACUGAUUCAGGAGCUUCAUAAUGAGGAGAGAACUUGGCUAGACUACAGAGCUGACCAGUACACUGUGAAAAUGCAUCUGACUGAAGAGAUUUUCAGCCUUCUUUUGGAUGACACAAUACUAACCCUAAAUCAUAUGCACUUUUCAACAUAAAUGACAAAUUUCAGAACUUGCAUCUUUGAUAUGUUUUUAAUUUCUUUUUGGGUGAAUCUCACAAAUCCUGUCAAGAACAUUUUUAAGUCAUGUUUCACAAAUUAUAUUUUGCUUAACAUCAAUGUAUAAACCCAUAAACCUGUUGCAGGACCAUGAAGUUUUCUUGGAAUAUGAAAUUAUUUUCAUGACAAUUAAGCAGAUUUUAACCUAAUUUCAACUUUUGCAAUUACUGUAGACUAAGGUAAAAAAUGAUAUUUGAAAUACUGAAAUUAUAAAGUAUUUAUUUAUACAUUAUAAGUAUAAGUAAUAAGUAUUCAUACGUUAUAUUAGUAUCGGUCGUACUGCUUCUGAUUUAAAAAAAUAAUGUUGUUUGUUUAGUUUAAUGAACUAAAAAUUAUACUGUAUCCACCUUUUUUCCCCUAAGACUGGGUGUGACCAUUUGUAAAUUUUAUGGGUCUGGCUUCCGGUGUCAUCCGCAUCCAGCUAUUUUUAGACAGCUUAGUACAAAACAGCUCGUUUUGCAGCUUGAUAUUGCAUAUUGGUGUGUCUUACCAUACUAUUUUAAUGUAUUAUCUUAAUUAUGAGCACACUGGUUUGUGCAAACUGUUUUACCGUUUACUGCACGUUGAUAUUCUUCUCAUUAUUUCCCUAUUGCGGCUAAUGAACCGGAAGUCUCACCCAUAGGCUUACUUCCGCAUUAAAGAAAGAAGGUGAAUAAUGAGAACCUGCAAAUCAUCAUGUAGGAUAAUGGGAAUUACAAAAAAAAAAAAAAACACAGAGACGAAAUGUGUUUAAUGCCCAUACAAUGCGACCAAACGCACAUAUCAAAACUAUAAUAAAAAAUAAAUAUAUAAAAAAGCAUUUUUUUUUCUUUUGAUUUUCUGGCGGCUGGUUACAUCAACCUGUUUUUUGUGAGAUUUACUCGUUUUUAUUCACUAAUAUUUUAAUCAUUAUUUUAAUGAUUUUUAAAUCCAAAUCAAUGUGUUCAAAAUCAAAGUGUUUGUAUUGAACUACAGUACAAUUAAUAAUGAAAUAUAUUUCAU